CACACCACAAGCAACAGGUGCUCAAACGCAAACAAAAAUUCGAGUUAAGCGGGUCGCCGUGCGGAAAAAGAGCUGCUCGCCAAGCCAAAGAAACUAAACAAGUCACAGCGCGGAAACGCUAGAAUCGUUAGCACCUGUUCUCCCAGCAUUUGUCCAGCCUCUGCGCUUGCGUGUGUGUGUUGUUUUUAUCGGUGUUCGGCUUACCCUGCGCCGCAGUUUCAACUUAAAAACAAUAUUAAUCAAAUUGCUGGCUGCAAUUGCAGCAUAUUUUCCACGCAGUCGCCAGCAAAAGAGUAAAAGAAACAACAAGAUAAGCAGCAGCAUAAACAUAAGCCAAGAAACCAAGAAACCGGUUAAAGCGGACAGAGUGAGUCCGAAAAGGGGCGCCCCCAAAAGAGCAAGCGAGACACACAUACAGCGUGAAAAGUACAACAACGAAAAAUACGAAAAAACAAAACGAAAUAAAAUAAAAUAUCCACGGAUUUUGGUUUUGUUUGCCCAAGAAGUGUGUUUGUUCUUUGUUUACCCUUGCUAACACCGCGUUUUCCCCCCGUUAAUGUUGCUGUCUUAUCGGCCGAUCAAAUCGAAAGUGAACAAGUAAUCGGUAUCACCCUGCAAUUGCCGGAGCACUUCGCGUGGCCUCUUUCUUAUCGUCACCACCGUCCACUUCAAAUACCUGUUGUUGCCUUCACAAUCCUCGAAAGGCCCACUUGACACACCUCAAAGGCGCUUCAAUAAAUAUUUGUGGAAGUUUUAAGAUAUUCCGUGUUAUCAUGUGUGUAGCCAACGGAUAUUGAUCGGUUACAUCAAAAGCAAUCCUUAAAAUGGCAGCCAGCAGCAGCAGCAGCAGCAGUACCAGCCCCCAGUCUCCGAUGGAGGGAUGCGAUGAGGUGGACUUUAUAGCAGCCACGCACCACCACCACAACAACAACAAUGAAUACGAGGAUCUGGGCGGCGUGAGUCAAGCGGUGAUCAACACCAAAGCAGCCACAGCUCCACCCGCAACAGGAACACCAACAGCAACAACACCAAACAACGAACCAACGCCAAACACCAGCACACUGAAGAAGGCCAAGGAGCGCCGCACUCUGUUCCACUUCGGCAGCAGCAAGAAGCUGAGUCAGAGCAAGUCACAGGAGUCGCAGCAGGAGACGGGCGGCAAGGAAAAUCCCCCAGCCACAGCCCCACCCACACCCACAGCCCCACCCACACCCACAGCCACUUCCGCUCCCCUUCCGCCGGUGCCCAUUGGAACUCCGCCGCGUCAGCACAAGUUUGUAAAGAGCAACAGCCUGGCUCGGCUGCUGGGCAACACCUACAACGCCAAGAAGUUCGAGAAGCAGGAGCAGAAGCGCCUGGCCGGUGCCGGAGCCGAGGGUGGCAAGUUCAACACCUACAGCGGGCGGCGGGGACGAGCGGGUCCCUACCUAGAGCGCUUCAAGCGGGUGUCCAAGGAGGACGGCGAUGUGGCCGGCGGCGAUGACUCCGUGCAGAUCACGAACGUGGUGACUCUGACCACGGACUCGCGGGAUCUGCUCUACGGCAGCCGGCAGGAGCAUGUGGGUCGCUCCGGCACCCAGGAUCAGCUAAGCUCAAAGACCAUUCGCACCUUGACCCGCAGCUUGGGGAAGCUUUGGAGGCGCACCCACAGUGUGGAUAUCAGCACACCCGAUCCCGAGUUCAAGGUCUCGUACCUGGGUAACGUCCUCACCGGUUGGGCCAAGGCAGGCGAGGGUUGUGUGGAGAAGCAGCUGAACACCCUGUGGCGGAACUACACGCAGCACUCCAAGCCGGACGUGAUUAUGCGGCUGAAGGUGUGCGCCUCUGGGCUGAAGGCCACCACCCGGCAGCAUGGCCUGACGGAGUACUGGGCCCACCGCAUUACCUACUGCUGUGCGCCGAAGAACUAUCCGCGGGUCUUUUGCUGGAUUUACCGCCACGAGGGCAGGAAGCUCAAGCACGAGCUGCGCUGCCAUGCGGUGCUCUGCAGCAAGGAGAAGAUUGCCCAGGACAUCUGCGACACUCUGAGGGAAAACCUUGACAGCGCUUUGCGGGAAUUUAAACGUGAGAAAAUUCUAAAGCAAAACGCUCGCCUCAGCCUGGCCAAUGCCGUCUAUGACAAUCCUAGCCUCCCGCGCCGCAAGAUCAUGUUGAGUGUGGGCGGCAACAAUUAUCGACCGCCCCUGGAGCGCUCCAAGUCGGCGCCUAAGCUGAUGGCCAUCGAGGAGGCCAUCGGCGAGGAGGAGGGCGAUGAAAUCGAAGAUACCAACGAGCCGGAAAUGAUGCCCUGCUGUCAGAAGGACUCGCUGUACCCGGCCAUGACUCUGGGCCGGCGUCGUUGUCGUCGCGGGCACUCAAUCCGCCGAACGGGAAAGAUCUUGCCCUCGUCGCCCUGCUGCAGCUCGCAUAUGAUGGCGAAGGAGUUGCCCCAGGAGGAGACCACCGCCGUCAGUGCUGUCAACGAUGGCUCCGACUCGGAUGACUUCGAGAAGCUGCUCAAGUUUGACACGACCCUGAGCAAUGAACUGCUGCCGUACUUCGACAUGCAGCUGCACAAGAACGGCAGCCAGAGCAUGGUGAGCCUCAGCGACCUGAAGGAGGACGAUGGAGAGCCACUAAGCCUGCUGCCCACGAUCAACAGCGACCCCAGCGCAGAUCCAGAGGCUGACUACUCCGCCGAAGAUCACGGUGUGACCGCUCCGCGUCGCAACGGUGUCUGCAGUGACGGCGAGGAGGAUUUCCUCGACGAUGCGGACGAUCAUUACUUCCGGCAUGCGGCCAUGCUCACCAUGCUGCACCGGAGCUCGAUGAGGAAGAUGCGGGCCAGCGAUCAGGCCAGCAUGCAGUACCGCCACCAGGCGCAGUCAUCGAUCUCCUCGAACGCCUCCAGCUCGACGACGGCCAGCACUUCGGCGGCAGCAGGCGUCGGUUCCGCUCAGCAGGGCCUGGCCAGUCCCGACAGCGACGAGGGAUCCAUAUCCAGUGGCUGCGAGACAGCCAGCACAGUCACCAAUGCCAACCACGAGGAGUACAACGGAAAGAGGGACAGCGAUCAGCUGGAGCAGUCGCAGCUGGAGCUGGAGCAGGCGCAGGUGCUGGAGCAGAUGAUGAUCUACCAAAGACUGGAGCAGCAGCUGCGCCACAAUAGUGGCGAUGCCACCAACUACAGCAGCUCCAGCAGCAUUACGCUGAAGCGCAGCGACUCCGGCAGCGAUGAACUGGACAAGCAGGAGCACAACGACCAAAUCAAUCCCGAUGACGGCUCGGACAGCGACGAGAGCGGCUAUGUGGAGUUCCAGGAGAAGGAGCGACCGGUGCAGCAGGCUCUAGUUAGCCAAGCCAGCCUAACGCUGGCCAAGAAAGCGCCCGUCAAGCCGCAGAUUCCACCAAAGCCAGCACCACGUCGCUCGCUCAGUCUCAAUUUGGCCACCGCCAACGCCCCAGCGACACCAGCCGCUGGCAAGGCACCGGGCACGGCCGUCUGAGGAGGAAAAUGCUUUAAACACAACGGCAAUCCGUCGUCUACAAAUUGUUAUUUCUGCACACCCGUCAGCGACCACAGCAAACACACAAAAAGUGCAAGAAAUUGAAAUCCUAGUUGUAGGUUAUCCAUUAGCAAGUAGCCGUUAAGUCAUUUGUUGUUGGUUCAUUGAGAGGAAAGCCUAACGAUAUUCCCCCAUCAUCACUAUGUAUGUGUCCCCGCCCCCCCAUUCCAAAAAUAAUGAAUUUAUAUUGUAUGCCCCUGUAAAUAAAUUAGAAGCCCUAUGCACUGCAUGUACUAUAUAAUAUAUACACGAUUGUAUUUGAUGAAAUCUAUCUUACGUAUCAAUAUAAAUUAUUAUCUAAACGA